AUGGGUUGCUCAGCUUCAAAAACAACAACCAUAGUUGCAAACAAAAACCCAGAAGAUCCAACAACACCUUCUGUCUCUUUUCAAUCUUCAUCUUCAUCAACUUCUUCAUUCUCACCUUCUUAUGCUUCACAAUACUUCAACUCCUCACCACCUGUUAGAAAAGCUUUGUCACUCACAAUGCCUCUUAUCCAUCACCCUCCAACCAAAAAAGGUGACACUCACCAUCUUGUUUCCUUAACCUCCACCACCUAUGGUUCUCUUCUCUUAAUUGACCAAAAAGUCCCUAACUUUACCUCUAUUGAACAACCCCAUCUCACCAAAACAUCUCAAAACGAUGAAGAACAAUCUCUCUCUCCGGAUUCUGUUAUCAACACUUGGGAACUCAUGGAUGGUUUGGAUGAACAUGAAGAUUCUCAUAAUGUUCAUAAAGCUUUAAUCUUUGACAACCCAGUGAGUUUUUCAGAUAAACACAGUUCAUGCAGGUACACAGCCUUUGAUGGGUCUGCAAAAAAGAAACUUCUUGAUUCAUUUCAAUCAUUGAAAGCUUCAGAAGCAGUAAUGGAAGAGAAAAGUUCCAAAUCUUUUGUGAAGAAACCACUUUGGAAGCAUUUAUCAGAAGAAGCUUUGUUAGCUAAGUUGGAUCCAAGUGUUGCUUGGAGUUACAGAAGAGCAUUGUCAUCAAGACAACUACUAGGUUGCAACAACAACAACAACAACAACAACAACAGGUUAAGAUGUGUAAGAUCAAUGGAAUCAAGUCCUAUGAACCCUUCUUGUUCAUCUUUGUUUGGUAAAAGUUUGUGUCUGCUACCUGGAACAGAAGACAGAAUAGUUGUUUACAGCACAAGUUUGCGAGGGAUUCGAAAGACUUACGAAGAUUGUUGUUCGGUGCGAAUGAUUUUGAGAGGAUUUAGAGUCGCGGUCGAUGAAAGAGACAUUUCUAUGGAUUCAUCCUACAGAAAGGAGUUACAGAAUGCACUUGAUGGAAAAUCAGUAGUGACAUUGCCACAGGUGUUUAUCAGAGGGAAACAUGUUGGAAAUGCGGAGGAUUUGAAGCAAUUGAAUGAGUCUGGUGAAUUGGCGAAACUGUUGAAUGGUUUUCCAACUCAAGAUCUUUGGUUUGUUUGUGAUAAAUGCGGUGAUGCGAGGUUUGUGCCUUGUCAUAAUUGCAAUGGUAGCAGGAAAGUGUUUGAGGAAGAACAAGGGAAGUUGAAAAGGUGUGUUCAUUGUAAUGAGAAUGGAUUGAUCAGAUGCACAAGUUGUUGUUCAUGA